ACUGCCUGUCACAGAUCUGGCCUCUCCUUGUAGAGUCGCGGAUGCGGCGGCUGUUACGUAGUUGGGCGGCUCGGGAAGGGGUGUGGAUAGAGGCCGAGGUGGGGAAGCCAAACCGAGCGAAGGAAAGAAGAGACGGAGAAGAAAGAUGGACGAAACCGUAGCCGGGAUUUCUCCCUCAAACCCCGAGUAAAAGAGCAGCUCUUACAGGCGUACAGUUUGCGGCAACUCCUUCGAGUUAGGCCCGGGCACCAUGGAGAUCAACGAGCAGAACGGAAGAUUGUCUGCUGAAGUCGAACCGUUUGUUCCUCAGAAGAAGGGGACAGAAUCGGUAGCUCUCCCCAUGGCAGUCCCCGGUGACGGUGGAGGCGUGAGUGGAUUGGAAGCUACACCCAUCCCAAGCUACCUUAUAACGUGUUAUCCGUUUGUACAGGAAAACCAAUCCAAUAGACAAUUUCCUAUUUACAAUAAUGAUGUAAGAUGGCAACCCUCAAACCCAAGUCCAGCUGGAUCCUACCUUGCUUACCCUAUAAUUCCCACUCAGCCUCCUGUCUCCACGGAAUAUAUGUACUAUCCAUUCAUGCCAGCACCCUGCGCCCAGGUUAUGGGAUUUUAUCACCCUUUCCCCACUACUUACCCUACCCCGCUCCAAGCGGCAAAUGCUGCGAAUGCUGUCGAGUCCACUGACCGGACCGGCCAGCAGGCUCAGAUCAACAUGUUAUCCACUCAAAGGAUCCGAAAUAGCACAAGAGGACCAUUUAUACAAAAGCAACCACAACCAUCAUUGCCACAAAUAAAGUGCAAGAGGCCUCCGAUGAAAAGUGUGGCGGUACAGAAGGAAACGUAUGCAUCCGGCCCCGACUCACGACCAAAAAUUGUUCUCCUUGUGGACGCCUGUCAACAAACUGAUUUUCCCAGUGAAAUAGCAAAUAAGUCUCUGUGUGAAAGCAUGGGUCCGGCAGCUUGGAAGCCAAAACCCAGGCGCAGGCGGUCCUCCCACGCUGCUGGCGAGUCAUCGAGUGAGCAAGGGGCAAGUGAAGCGGACAUCGACAGCGACAGUGGCUACUGCAGUCCGAAGCAUUGCCAAUCGGCUAUGUGUUCGAGGCACACGGAUUGCAGCGCACCCAAUAUUGCAGAUCCAGCAGUAUCAGCAGCUGGGGGCACGUGGGCCAGUGUGGCUUCCCAGGCUACCCAGAAGAGACCUUGGAACGACAAAGGUCAAGCUUUUUCCAGAGGAGGAAGGCCAGCUGAAUUAAGAAGUAUCACGCAGCUUGGAUAUCGUUUGAGAGGGCAGAGCACAUCAUCCGAAAGAAGACAGAAUAUACAGAGGAAGCAAGAGAAUAAGACUGGGACAACUGUCCAAAUGGCCAAGACUGAGCAAAACCCAGAACAUCUUUAUUUUGAGGAUGAGGAUGAAUUUCCUGAACUGAACAGCAGUGGACAUGCCAGAAAUGAAAACGCUCAACCAAAGAUAUCUCCUAAAAUGUUGGAUGGUUUGCCUGAAAACUCGCCAAUAAAUAUAGUCCAAACUCCGAUUCCCAUCACCACGUCGGUACCAAAGCGAGCUAAGAGUCAGAAGAAAAAAGCACUUGCGGCAGCACUGGCCACUGCACAGGAAUAUUCUGAAAUCAGCAUGGAACAGAAGAAGCUUCAGGAAGCCUUAUCCAAGGCGUCCGGAAAGAAGAGCAAGACUCCUGUCCAGCUGGACCUGGGAGACAUGCUGGCAGAACUCGAGAGGCAGCAACAAGCAAUGAAAGCCCGUCAGAUCACCAACACCAGGCCUUUAUCUUACACAGUUGGAAGUGCUGCCCCGUUUCACGCCAAAGACCAUACAAACCGUAACGUGUUCGGUAAGGCCCAGUCGCCGAUGUGUUCUCCUAACCCAUUGGAUUCCACUGCUCCGCGAGUCAAAAGAGGAAAAGAAAAGGAGGUUUCAAAACUAAAACGCCCAACAGCACUUAAAAAGAUUAUCCUAAAAGAAAGAGAAGAAAAAAAGGGACGUUUGUCAGUGGAUCAAAAUAUUUCGGUGUCUGAUGAACAGAAAGAUCUUUCAUUAAGUUUUACUGAUGAUCAGUCUGAAGAGUUGGUGUCACAAGAAGAUGCCGCUCUGAGUGCCCAAAGUGACACCUCGCUUUCUCCAGCAAGUCAGAAUUCUCCAUACUGCAUGACUCCGGUGUCACAGGGUUCACCAGCCAGUUCUGGCAUCGGCAGCCCUAUGGCUUCCUCUGCAAUCACCAAGAUUCACAGCAAAAGAUUUAGAGAGUACUGCAAUCAAGUUCUAAGUAAAGAAAUAGACGAAUGUGUAACUGUAUUACUCCAAGAACUUGUGAGCUUCCAAGAACGGGUUUACCAAAAAGACCCAAUGAAGGCAAAAUCAAAGAGAAGGCUGGUCAUGGGUUUGCGAGAAGUUACAAAACACAUGAAGUUAAAUAAGAUCAAGUGUGUUAUUAUAUCACCGAACUGUGAGAAAAUUCAGUCAAAAGGUGGUCUGGAUGAAGCACUCUAUAAUGUCAUAGCCAUGGCUAGGGAGCAAGAAAUCCCCUUUGUGUUUGCCCUCGGGAGGAAAGCUCUUGGUCGCUGUGUAAAUAAAUUGGUACCUGUCAGUGUAGUUGGUAUUUUUAGCUACUCUGGUGCUGAGAAAUUAUUUAACAAUCUGGUAUCACUAACUGAAGAGGCUAGAAAGGCAUACAAAGAUAUGGUGGCAUCAAUGGAGCAAGAACAAGCUGAAGAAGCCUUGAAGAAUGUUAAGAAGGUUCCUCACCAUAUGGGGCAUUCUCGUAACCCUUCUUCUACGAGCGCUAUCUCUUUCUGCAGUGUUAUCUCUGAGCCCAUCUCAGAGGUCAAUGAAAAGGACUAUGAAACCAAUUGGAGAAGUAUGGUGGAAACAUCAGAUGGACUUGAGACGUCCGAAAACGAGGAGUGUUCUGUUAGAACCUCUGCUUCUGAACAAAAUCCUACUGCUCCAUCUGAUAAAGCCAUCAUCCAUAAACAUCCAUCCUUGAAAGUGGCAAGUACUACCUCAGUCGCUAGCCCUGGGAAGUUGACUCCAGUUGACAAAGAAGAUGCAAAACCAGAUGACAAUUUGGAAUGGGCAUCUCAGCAAAGUACUGAAACUGGGUCUUGGGACGGUAGCGGUAGGGAUGUUCUCAAUUCUUCCAUGACCAGUACAACCAGCACAUUGGUACCAGAAAUGCUUGAGGAGGAUGAUGAGGAGGAGGAAGAGGAGGAAGAUGACGAAUAUCACCAGGAACCCAUUUCUGUGAGCAGAAUUGAAUCUUGGGUUUCAGAAACACAAAGAACUAUGGAAACUCUCCAGCUUGUGAAUUCACUUAACAGCCCAGAGGAAGAUAACCUUGAACAAAGCGAAGAUGAAAUAGAGUCUUCUGAGCAGGUUGAGCCUGUUGUUGACUGUGACGAAAGGACAUGUGAAAAGCCUGCUAGAAAUGGACCCAAGGAUGGUAAAAGAUCUUCAUCAAAAGAUAGCUCUAACCCCAGUUUUAUUUAAAACAAAAACUCAGGAAUUGGUCCGCUUACACAAAACAUAACUAUUGGGAAAGUGGUAGCAUUCCCGUGCGUUUUCAUCUCGUUGUUUUGCACUGUUUGUAUGUUUAACCUAUAUUUAAUUCCCAUGCAAAUUGUUAUUUGUUGUUACCCGUUUCUUAAAAUCUUUGUUGAUUAUUCUUUAGUCAAGCACUGACUGUUUCACUGAAUGUCCUAGCUUUUGCGUUGUAACCUAGCCCUGUGAUUACUGUACGUGAUAUUCUGCAGUUUCUCUGUAGAAGGGCAUACAUACUAUUGUAAGGCGCUAGCUGAUGGGGAGAAUAUGAUAUUUACAUUCACCUGUAUGGUUUCCAUUUGAUAUAUGGCGUUUUCUUGUCAUUCUCAGUCUUAAAACCGAUAUGUUUACACGUUAUGCUUGAGUUUUAAUUAAACCCACCCCCGUACAUACAAUA